AUGGGGCGUCUCCCAUCUCGCGCACGCUACCACAGGGUCUUGAUAUACUAUAUCGGCACCUUGUCAAACGGAGUGAAGUUUGACUCCAGUCGAGAUCGUGGAUCCCCAUUCGAGACGGAGAUCGGCGUCGGGAAGGUGAUCAGGGGCUGGGAUGAAGCCGUCCUGACAGUCACCCCAGGCUGUGCAUACGGCUCCCGUGGCGUCCCACCAAUAAUUCCUCCCAAUGCGACGCUUAGAUUCGAGGUCGAGUUACUAGCGAUCAACUAG